AUGUCCUCCACCGAUCUUAAAUAUUAUCAUGAGCAUGACUUUGAGUCAAAACACUUUCUUGAUGCCUUUUUUUCUCCUAAAGCAGAUGAAUGUAUUAUAAAGGAUGGUGUGGAAAACUCCAUGAAUUGUCUACAAAAGGAACUAAUCACUGGUCAUAUUCAUGGGGACAUGUUGAUUGACAUUUCUGCUGGUCCUAAUAUUAGUCAUCUUAUGCCAAUCUGUAAGUUCUUCAAAGAAAUCACUGUAUUGGAAUUCAAUGAUUUAUGCAUUACUGAACUGAAGAAAUGGCUAAACAGCCACGAGGAGGCUUAUGACUGGUCACAUGCGUCGAAUCGUAUGUUGAACUUGGAAGAAAGAAGUGGUGGGAAGCAAGCAAUAGAAGAAUUGUUAAAAAGUAAAAUUAAGCGUGUUCUGAAAUGUGAUCUCUCCAAAGAUAGUCUAACUGACCCAAUAGUGUUGCCAAAAGCAGACUGUAUUAUAAGCGCGUGGGCAAUGGAAGCCAUCAACAAAGAUAAAAAUGAUUACAUCAUCAAUUUUAGAAAAAUAUCCUCUUUGCUAAAACCAGGUGGUCGUUUGAUAUUGUUUGGAUCUUUCAAUGUUUCAUAUUAUAUACUUGCCGGGCACAAAUAUGGUUCCCUAACGUAUGAUGAAGAAUUUCUCAGAAAAGUUCUAAAAGACGAAGAAUAUAUCACUGAAGUGUUUCAAGUAAAAGAUAGAGAAACACCUACUGAUUACGUAGAUUAUGAGAAAACUGUGUUUGUCAUUGCACUUAAACAGAGAGAGGGUUAA